AUGGCAAGAUUUGACGAAUUCCCGGCAGAGUUGCGCAACAUGGUUUACGACAACCUUCUCCGCGAUCGUCAUACUCAGCAGCAAACUCACAACUCUCUUGCACUCUUCACCGUCUCAAAACAGGUGCAUCUAGAGUCCACCUCUUACUUCUACAAGAACAAUCCCAUCAGCACCGUCGCCCCGUCGUCGCCUACAGACGCCAACGCCACCGUGCUUCCUCCUAUCGCCGAUAGGUACCUUCGAUUCCUAAGUCGACUCACCGUAUCUGCCACGAUUGGGCGAGCGAAUUCGGAAAGGGAGCGCAAGAUCGCCGAUACCAUAGCAUCACUAGCAACUAUCGGCGCAGCCUUCGAGGACCUGGAAAUUAACAUUCAAUCCUCCUUGUCAAGGCUUACGAAUUCACGCGUCGAUGACUCCGUACUGCACGCCGACCAUCCCAUCACGGCUUCGUUGCGACGACUGCUCGAUUCUGGAGUGGCAAAAGUCUUGCGCCUCGAUCUCCACAAGGUCUGGUUUGCGCCCGGUAUCGCCCAAGACCUUCACGUGCGAUACGGCACCCGACUCCAGUUCGUGGGAGGCAGCAACGCCGUCAAGGACCCACUCAGCAUGGAAAGGUCUCUAAUUGGCGUUUCUGCAAGCUCUCAUCUGACCACCUUAGGUGUCGAUGACGAAGUCAUGGCCAACGCUUGCUCGGACGAUGCGUACACUCCUCGGACUCCAGCUUCUCUUCCGUCUUCUAUCUGUUCACCAUUCGAAGAUCUGGACAUGUUCUCGGUGACGUCGUUCGAUCUCAACUCGGAAACCACUGCCGACAACGAAGAGUCCAUGGAGUACGCGAACGAGGGCUCAUUUUUCUCGGGCGCCGACAUCGAAGAAUGGGAGGCCUCAACACAGGCGGCGGAACAGGAAGAACCGAAACACCAGUACGACAUCGAAAUCGACGAUGACUACGAUGAGGAUGAGGAGAUGGAAGACAUAUCGCAAGACGAUAUGGAGGCGAUCUUUGGCAAUCUGGAGGAGACCGCUCAUCAUGUUGCCAAUGAUGCUGACAUUUCAUACAUGACUAACUUUGCGCCUGAGCUGCUCUUGACUCGGCACAAUCUUGGUCAUCUGGAAUGA